CCCAUGAGAAUUUUUUUUAAUUUAGUCCGUCUUCUUCCUAGCUUCUAUCCUAGAUCUUAGCCAUAGAUGCCAGAAGAGAAAAAAAAAGGAAUAAAAUUAAAAAAAGUUAUAUCCUGUGCUUAUUACCCCGGAAUCCCCAAAUCCCCGCGCGGACGCGGGGCAUUAACAACCGGGCUUAUAAUAAACUCCUCCCCCCUACCGCCGUAGCUCUUCCGCACAUUAACGCGCGAUGGGCGUAAAAGCGGCCUUCACCGUUUUUGUCGUUGCCUCAAUAAUUCCUUAUAAUCCUACCUUGUUAUCGCCCACCCCCCUGUGUUUCCUUUUUAUACCCGACGUUGCCUCCAUCGUCACCUUCUCUUUUUCCCUCACCUCAACCAUUCAACCUUUGCUGCCCAGACAAUCUCUUCGAUCCGCAUUCCAGCUUUGCACCCAGCAAUGGCCUUGAAAGCCAACCGCACGGCCCCUUCUGCGGCCCACGUGGAGGAGAGCCCGUCCGGGUUUGAGACUGAGGGCAAGGAGCCCAUCUCGGACCUUAAGCUUGAUGCUAGUGGUCUGCCUUUGGUCCCGCAGCCUAGCGACCAUAAGGAUGAUCCCUUGGUAUGUUGUUGCCACCAUUUGUUAUAAGUAUUGAUGAUUGAG